AGCUCAGCACCUCUGCCCCAGACAAGAGAUCAGCCCUUGCCAACAGUGAGGGACAGAAAGAGCUUUAUUAAGCUUACUGCAAAUAUAAUACUAUGAGUUUUAGAAGGUUAAAACCAUUUCAGCUGCGGAGCUUGGCCCCUAUGCCUUGCUCAGCUCUACGGCAAAGUUCCCUGGACAGGAGAGAGCAAAUUUCCUCUGCAGUCCUCAGGGGCUAUCUGGCUGCGAGUGUGCCAGGAGACAGCAGAGAGCUCUGGAUCCCCCUGGUCUGUUGCCUCCUGCAACCUUUUCCUUACUGGUCCCACCACCCUCACACCAGUGACACCCCAACAGCGUGGUGCUCCUCGGACCGGGGUUCCACUGGCCCCAAGGACUCUGCUAGCUCAGGAGCGAGCCGUGUGCCGACAUGUCCAGCCCAGAGGCAGAGGGGAUGUGGGCGAUACAGUGCCGGCUGCCACUGGAGCAGCCAGAGCCGUGUGUGACCCCGGGUAUCAGCAUAACCGGGGUUGGACUGAUCCUGAUAAUCCUGGGGUAGAAGUCCAGGACAGCGUUUGUUUACCAAGCACACAACCACAAGGAUAGGCUGCGUGUCCGUGUCCCCGCGCCAGCGCCUGGGAUGACUCCUUAGGCCGCCGUCCGAGACUGCGGCGACACCUCUGCCGGAACAGCCAAGCAGGCGGCCGGGAGCAAGCCGAGUUCUGGCUUCCUUUCCCCGGGCUCGUGGGAGGAGUGAUGGAGGGGGCGGCCUCGCUCCCGGACGCUGCGCACCAUAAAGCCAGGCCGCGGUCGGGCGGCGCGGGUCGGGGCAGCGCGGCAGAGACCCUCGCACGGCUCCGUGCCUGUCGCCAGCCUUCCGUGGGCUGCGCAUCCCGCGGCCGCAGAGAGCCGGUGGUGAAGCGCAGCAUGGCAAAGAAGGUGGCCAUCAUCGGCGGGGGCAGCAGCGGGCUGUGCGCCAUCAAAGCCUGCCUGCAGGAGGGGCUGGAGCCCGUCUGCUUCGAGAGGACUGGCGACAUCGGAGGCCUCUGGAGGUUUGAGGAGCGCCCCGAGGACGGCCGUGCCAGCAUCUACCGCUCCGUCAUCAUCAACACCUCCAAAGAGAUGAUGUGCUUCAGUGACUUCCCCAUCCCUGAGGACUUCCCCAACUACAUGCACAACUCCAAGAUCAUGGAGUACUUCCGCAUGUACGCCCAGCACUUCGACCUGCUCCGCCACAUCCGCUUCAGGACCAGCGUGUGCCGCGUGUCCAAGCGCCCCGACUUCGCCAGCAGCGGGCAGUGGGAGGUGGUGAUGGAGAGCGAGGGGAAGCAGGAGGCAGCUGUCUUCGACGCCGUGCUGGUGUGCAGUGGGCACCACACCGACGCACACCUCCCGCUCAGCUCCUUCCCAGGAAUUGAGAAAUUCAAGGGCCAGUGUCUCCACAGCCGAGACUACAAGGAUGCUCAGGCUUUCACAAACAAAAAGGUUGUUGUCAUCGGAAUCGGGAAUUCGGGGUCAGACCUGGCUGUGGAGAUCAGCCAAACAGCCCAACAGGUCUUCCUUAGCACCCGCCGGGGUGCGUGGAUCCUCAACCGCGUUGGAGAUCGGGGCUACCCCAUCGACACCAUCUUAACCACCCGCGUGAAGACAUUCCUGCAGGAGCUGGUCAGCUCAUCCAUGGCAUGUGACUACAUGGAGAAGAAGCUGAAUGCCAGGUUUGACCACUCACGCUAUGGCCUGAAGCCAAAGCACAGGGUCCUUCACCAGCACCCGACUGUCAAUGAUGACCUGCCCAACCGCAUCAUUUCAGGAAGGGUGCAGGUGAAGCCAAACGUCCGAGAGUUCACGGAGACAUCUGCCAUCUUUGAGGACGGCACCAGAGAGGAUAUUGAUGCCGUAGUUUUUGCCACAGGAUACAGCUUCUCCUUCCCAUUCCUCGAGGGCUGCGUGAAGGUGGUGGAGAACCAGAUUUCCCUCUACAAAUACGUGUUCCCCCCUGACCUGGAGAAGCCGACGCUGGCUUUCAUCGGCCUCAUCCAGCCCCUGGGUGCCAUCAUGCCCAUCUCUGAGCUCCAGUGUCGCUGGGCCACCCGUGUCUUCAAGGGGCUGAAUGAGCUGCCCCCACGGCACGACAUGGAGGCUGACAUCGAGCAGAAGAAAGAAGUGAUGGCAAAGCGGUACGUGAAGAGCCAGCGGCACACCAUCCAGGUGGAUUACAUCCCGUACAUGGACGAGCUCGCCUGCCAGCUGGGGGUCAAGCCCAACGUGCUCACCCUGUUCCUCACGGACCCCAAGCUGGCGCUGGAGGUGGUCUUUGGGCCCUGCACGCCGUACCAGUAUCGGCUGCGGGGCCCAGGCGCGUGGGCGGGCGCCAGGGAGGCCAUCCUGACCCAGCAGCAGCGCAUCCUCAAGCCCCUGCAGACACGGCACGUGGAAGAGAGCACCUCAGCCCCUGCCAUGCCCCUCAUCUUCAAGCUAGUCGGGGCCAUGGCCAUCCUGGCAGCUGUUUUUGCUUACUUGUAGGUGCUCUGCAAGCAUGGGAAGGGAGGCUGUGCAAUGUGCUGGGGGUUGGCUGGCCACACCUGCCCCUUGGCAGCCUGUGCACCCCAGUGGUGGCAGAACCUUUCCUCCUGCCAGGAGGCUGUGACCACACCAUGAGCUCGGGAUGCACAGAGCCUCCCCAGCUGCCAAAAUAAUGCUUGGGCUCCUGCUCUGCACCUGCCCCGGGGGAGUGCCGUCAGGGACAGAGGAGGAAACCUGCUCACUGCAGGCUAAAUUCCAGUCCCUCUCAGCCAGCACUCCGGGCCUUUCUGUAACCCAGCCAUGCCAGUAUUGCCACGCUUGCACCAGAGCUAAGCAGCAAAGGCACAGCACACUUUCUAACUAGAUAAAUGCAUUAAACAGCCAAGUGUCCAUCCUGUUACUGACA